CUCGGGUUUGCGGCUCGGCACCAUGUCUGACCGUCUUGACCCAGCAGUUCCAGUGAGUCGUGCAGCAGCGCUGCAGCUGGAGGGGUGCUGGGCGUCUGCCAGGCUACAGAGCAUGACAUUGGAAAAGCAGAUGCUCGAGAUGAUCAAAAACCCUGUGGUAAAACGUCUCAUGGAAGAUGUGCAAAAGACCCGAUAUGAAGUUGGCUACUAUCAAGAUCGCAUUCCUUACAAAAAAGAUGAGAAUGAAAUGACCAGAAGCGAAAUUGAAAGUUUGCGCAGUCAGAAGGCGAUCUUGGAGACAGGUCGUAUCGACACAUCUCCAGAGAUGGAUUCUCCUUUGGAUUCUCCAUGUUUUCGUGUCUCGACUCGAGACAUCGAUGGAGGAGCUGCAGAUUCAGGGUAUCUUUCAGUGGUGAAAGGGACAGUCUUGGUGGCGAUCAGCCUCGAAGAGGACUUUUUCUACGGCAACGAGUUGCAUCGGCCCGGCAACUGCGGCUGGUUUCCCGUCUCGGCCACCAGAGACUUAAGCAGACCUUGGAACAGUUGAGACUUGAAAAAAGGGAAGCAAAAAUGUGGACAUGGCUGGAGCAUGGAGAAUUUCCGAUUCUCAGUAGAUACCAACAGGACCAU